UUUGGAAUUGGUGGUAUGUACUAUAUUGAGUAUAAUAUUACACGUAGUACACUCGCUGUCAUUUUCAUAGACUUAUUGAGUGCCGGACGUCCUGCUACGCAGAGUUCUAUUGGAUGGGAUGGAGUCCCGGGAAGAGCAGUUGAUGGAAAUACUGAUACCGACUACGGACAAAAAAGCUGUACACACACUCAGAAUGAAGCUGAAAAUUGGUGGAUGGUAGAUCUAGAAAAAUCCUCCUUGAUUUAUGGUGUGAAAAUUUACAAUCGAGAAGAUUGCUGCAAGGAACGAUUGGAUGGCGCAACCAUUCAUGUCGGAGAUGACCCUAAGGGUAUGCUGACUAAUGCCCAAUGUGGGGGAAAAAUAACCGAUGCAGAAAUCAACGACUCGGCCGAGAUAUUUCUAGAGUGCAUUCCACCACUUAAAGGACAAUACGUCAGUGUCACGCUGCAGAACAACUAUCUGACGCUCUGUGAGGUUGAGGUGCUUGGACUAGAGUUGAAUGGAGCGGGUAGUAUUGCUUGAGGUAUACCGAACACAACGAAUAGACCUGUACAUACACAUUUGUCGAUAUUACCUGGUUAUCCAUCAGAUGUAUAAUGACGCCAUCAUAAUUUGUUUGGCAGUUCUGUACAGCAUCUCGAAUCAAUACCGGCGCCUCAUAAAUUUCCAAUAUUAAUAAUUUAACAGGCUUAAAAUACGUUACAACUAUAAUAGCCUAGGCCUACUAUAUAACUAACAAAAUAGCAUAAUUCAACUUUGUGAAUUUGCUCUUUCUUCACAUUAUAUAGUACCGAUUAAACCAUAAAUAUUCAGUGGUACUUUAUCAACAAUGCUAUUAGUGGCCGAACAUCUAUUCUCCCAGUGUUUAUCAGCAAAUAUGUAGUACAGAAGUUGUUUAAUCAUGACGUAAUGAAACUAAAAUAAAUAAAUCUUUCUCAAAUUAUGUGAACGUAA